CGCAGGAGCAGGGGGUUUUUGGAUUUGAAUGUGCGUUGGAGACGUUGGGUCUUGAUAAUUUUGUGACCUACGGGUCCAAAAAUGCGGGGAAAUUGUACGCUAUUGUACAAUGCACGUUUUGAUGCUUGUCUGUGAUUUCUGUGUGAGGGUGUCGGAACUGGGAAGCCUGCCCGUCCAGUCGGGCAAUUAUCAAGGAUGAAUCCAAUGUGAAUGUUCUAUGAUAUAUUUUGCGAUUUUACACCAUCCUGCACAUCUUAUCAGUUUUUAUGGUGUAAAGUGGCAGGAGAACGACAUUUGCAGCUUGACUGCACAGAAUGGCACCUAAGCCCAAACAUCAAAAGACUGCAAAAGGAAAAGAACAUAGCAAGCUGAAGGAUGACAAUGAGUCCAGCAUUAAACUAGACCAUUGUGCUCUCAGCUUGUCAGAUAUAUUGGCCAUAGACCAUGAGCAUUCCCUCCCCAGAUAUGCUGCAGUGGUGUCUCGGCCGGACGGCACCGUCACAAUGGAGGACGUGGACCGGAUACAGCUGGAGCUGGAGGCCCUGCUGUCCGCCGCCACCAUCCGCCGGAAGACGGUCAGCGCCGAGAUCAAGCUCAUCAACGGCAUGGACAAGCGACGCGGCCGGCCGCCGACCGCGGCCGGGCCGGGCUCUCCGGGGAAGGUAGCCAGAAGCGGCGAGCGGCCCGUCAAGAAGUUCAAGGACUCCUUCGGGAGGGCGAAGGAAGUUACCCCGAUCAAGCCGCCCAGGGUCCGGGUCCCGUCCGGGGCCUACAACUCGGAGGACAUCCUGCCGCAAAUCAAGGCCGAUCCCACUAUGCCGUCGCCCGUGGUGAAAAACGACAUCCCUGACAAGUUCUGGGCGGCGAUGGAGCAGUACUGCGGCCCCAUCACGACAAAGGACGUGGAGAUGCUGGAGCGGUUGAGUGCCGACCGGGAGGACAUGGACGAGUGCCUGACGGUGCCCCCACUCGGCAAGCACUACACGCUCAAGUGGGCCGAGGAGGACGGACAGGACGACGGUGACUCCGACUCGGAGGACGAGAACAAGACGCAGACCAAGGCCAAGGCCAAAAUAAAAAGUGAGGACGAGUCGGCGGGCCUGGGUACCCUGACGCAGCGCCUCGUGUCUGGUCUGGUGGAGGAGAACGUGCUCUCCGCGGUUGAUGAGAACGUGGAUGGCGCGAACAAAGAGACGGAGCCGGUGGUGGCGCGGCCCGGGCUGGCCGCCUCCCUCCAGCUGAGCGCCGCCGGCCAGCUGGAGCGACGCCUCCGGCGCGAGCUGCAGAACCAGGGCCUGGUGGACGACACGGACGGGCCGAGCGCGGUAGCCGACGACGAGGUGCUGGCUGAGCUGGAGCGGUGCCAGGCGCGGCUGCGCACACUAGCUGCCCAUAACGCCGCCCAGGUGGAGCGGCUGCUGCGGCUGAGCCGCGCCGAGCUGCGCCGGCAGGAGCUCAAGGAGAAGCUGGCCACCACCGACGCCCAGGUCCAGGAGGCGUACCAGGUGGUGUCCGCCGCCCGGCAGCGUAAGAAGUCGCCGUCCAAGAAGGAGCGCGAGCUCGCGUGGAAGGCGCUGAAGGAACGGGACGCCAUCAUCAAGAUGCUGGAUGCGCUAUGAUGAGGGUAGCUAGGUGCCCGUCUCCCACGAGGUGCUUACGCCCGAGAGCCUGUUGGGAGCCGACACAUGACACGACGGCGGCAUGGCGCGGCCCGAAGAGGGUAGGGCCGCUCCACCUCCGAGUAAUGUCUCCCGCGCAGCAUCGUGCCGUCAGCGGAGGCUCCGUGUCGUGGCGCCUCCGCCCACUGUCUGGCGCGGCGACCCACUAGCGCCAUUAUCACACCUCAUCUCAUGCGCCUGUCGGUAGCGCGCGCCAUCUCCGCCCGCUGUCCGGCCGUUUUGCGCGCCUGUAGCGGCAUACCGGGGCGCCACGUGGGAGGCGCCGGACCCGCUGGCCGGGCCACGCGCGCCGGAUCGGGCCCAGGUGGCAUCUGGCCAGACUUUGGCCGGCCGCGGCGCGCGUGCUGAGCGCCGGCCGGUCGGCGCCGCCAUCCCGUCGAGGGUGAGGAGAGCGUUCAGCUUCCG